CCUGCCCCCAGCAUGGCCUGGCCGGGCGGGCCGGCGCUGUGGCUGUGGGUCGCGGGCUGCGGGCUGCUGCUGCUCGUCGGCGUCCUGCUCGCGAGCCCCCGCAGCCGCCGAGCGCGGCGGACCCUCCGCGGCCUGCUCAUGGCGCGCAGCAAGCGGCUGCUCUUCCGAAUCGGGUACAGCCUGUACACCCGCACCUGGCUCGGGUACCUCUUCUACCGCCAGCAGCUGCGCAGGGCUCGGAAUCGCUACCCCAAAGGCCACUCCAGAACCCAGGCCCGCCUCUUCAACGGAGUGAAGGUGCUUCCCAUCCCCGUCCUCUCAGACAACUACAGCUACCUCAUCAUCGACACCCAGGCCCGGCUGGCUGUGGCUGUGGACCCCUCCGACCCUCAGGCCGUGCAGGCUUCCAUCGAAAAGGAGGGUGUUAAUUUGGUUGCCAUCCUCUGCACCCACAAGCACUGGGACCACAGUGGAGGGAACCGUGACCUCAGCCGGCGGCACCAGGACUGUCGGGUGUAUGGGAGCCCUCAGGACGGCAUCCCCUACCUCACCCAUCCCCUGUGUCAUCAAGAUGUGGUUAGCGUGGGACGGCUUCAGAUCCGGGCUCUGGCCACCCCUGGCCACACGCAAGGCCAUCUGGUCUACCUGCUGGAUGGGGAGCCCUACAAGGGUCCCUCCUGCCUCUUCUCAGGGGACCUGCUCUUCCUCUCUGGCUGUGGACGGACCUUUGAGGGUACCGCAGAGACCAUGCUGAGCUCCCUGGACACGGUGCUGGGGCUGGAGGAUGACACUCUGCUGUGGCCUGGUCAUGAGUACGCGGAAGAGAACCUGGGCUUUGCGGGUGUGGUGGAGCCCGAGAACCUGGCCCGGGAGAGGAAGAUGCAGUGGGUCCAGAGGCAGCGAAUGGAGCGCAAGAGCACGUGCCCGUCCACCCUGGGAGAGGAGCGCUCCUACAACCCAUUCCUGAGGACCCACUGCCUGGUGCUGCAGGAGGCUCUGGGGCCAGGCCCGGGCCCCACUGGGGACGACGGCUACUCCCGGGCCCAGCUCCUGGAGAAGCUCCGGCAGCUGAAAGACCUGCACAAGAGCAAGUGACGGCCCCUCCCGGCGCAGCCCACCCCGCACGGCAGGGAGGCCACCUGUCUCAUCCCGCACCACACCAUCCCUCUCAUCACUACCACCAUCACCUCCAUCAGCGCCCACAGGGGGCAUCAGUCCCCAACACUGUCAGAGGGAGGAGGGACAAGGUGACAAGGCCAUGAGAGCCAGAGGCUGGAGGCUGGCCGAAGGCAUGGAGACCCCACGGGGUGAGGCUGAGGGAAGGGGGAGCCUUGGGACACCUCCAGACCCAGCUGGGAGGGUGCCUCCUCCCCUGUCCUGCUCCUGCCGGUGAGGACAUGGAGAGUGCCGGUCACCCCUCCCUCAGGAUGCCUCACUCUCCCUGUAGCCCCUGAACCCAGGGCAGCCGGAGCUUCCAACAGGUUGAGUCCCCUUCCCCCUUCUCCCACACAGGGUUGGGAAGCACAGGCCCCCUAAGUGGCCCGAGGUGUGGUGCCUUGGAAAAGUGGUCACUCGGGGAGGUGGCUGGGCUCGGGUGUCCUGAGGCACUGGCCCUCCUCCUCAUGCCUCCCUGCCUCCCAAAGGCAUUUUUCAAACAGAGACAUUUCUGGGAAAGAUGAAAGGGCUGGAAGUCUGCAUGUCUGGACAGUCUGGGCCUCAGUGCCUCCCCUAUGGCCUGGAAGACGGAGGCUCCUGGUUGCCACAGACGGGACCGAGGUGACAGGCUGAGGAGACGCCCGGAGCUGGGACUACAGCCCCAUAGGCUCCCUGUGUAGCUGGCCUCUGCCCUUGCCUGGCGCCCAGAGGACUCCCCUUGCCAGGAGAGCGAGAGAGAGAGAGAGCGAGAGAGAGAGAGAGAGAGCUGUCCUCCCCGGCCAGAGCGGUCUUUUCCUGAUGGCCCUUGUCCUUAGGAACGUCUGCCUUGUUCUAACUCCUGCUUUAUCCUCGGUCCCUCUCCUCUUUUAGUUUAUAAAGACAUUCAUCUGGCCCUCAGCAGUUUGCCAAGAACACCCCAUGUCAUUUCUUGUUGAUCCCGGGCCCCAUCCUGGCUGGGGACGGGAGCAGCAAGCUGUCAGCCCUCGAGGGAGCAGCGGCCCCCAGGACCCCAGGCUUGAGCCCUACCCCCAGCUCAGCCUCUCCUCUGGGCUCUGGUCCGGGCCCCCUUGGGGCCACAGAGAGGAAGCCCAAGGUCCUGGAGCGGGCCUACCUGGGGUCAGCCAGGAGCCUUCUCUUCCUGUGUUCAAGCCUCUGGGCCUGUGCCCGCCUCUCGUGAGCCUCCGAGAUGCCCCCUGCCCUCAGUUUCCCUCCUCGUCCUGCCUCUGCCUCCCUCUCCAGCCACAGCCUCUGGUACCAGCUCUAGCAAUACCGCCAGAAUAGAGCUCCCACCCCCCAGACCUGCAGUUUCAUGCCGCUGUGCCUUUGCUCAUGCUGUCUCUUCAGACUGGAAUGCCUUUCCCCUGCUCCUCUGGCCUUGUCUGCCUGGCAAACACCCAUUCAUUCACCUCUCACAAUCCCCCUCAAAGGCCCCCUCCUCCAGGAAGACAACCCCGUGCCCCCCCACCCUCCAGGCUACCUCUGCUCUUUGUAAAUGCUUCUCUCGUGGCACUUCUCACACUGUAUUUUACUUGUUUACAUGUUUGUCUCCCCUUCUAGACUGUGAACCCUUCAGGGCAUGGACUGUAUCUUAUGCAUCUCUGUAACUCUGCGCCUAGCACGGUGCCUGGCACGCAGUAGGCGCUCAAUAAAUCUUGAAUGAAGAAUUUA